CUUUUAAUUAAUAUAAUGUCACUAAAUCCACGGUCUGCAUUGCGGAGACUUAUCAAUUUCGGAUAUCUUCCUUCACUGCGACUUUCAUAUUCUACUUCCUCCAGAUGGAAACCGAGCGUAUGCAGCAUCCAUCUCCCAGUCCUUCCGCGACGACUUCAUCACUCCUCUCCAGAUACCCCAAUUCCAGAUAUACCCGAGCGUAUUUGCCCGAAACUUGAUCCUACUUCGCUCCCAUUAUCAUGUCCCGGAUGCGGCGCAUUUACGCAAUGGCUCACUCCUGAAGAAGCCGGGUACUACUCCGUCAAUAGAAAAUCUGUGAAGGAGUAUAUUCGCCGAUUUUCUUCCGAUUCGGAAAAGUCCCCCUCUGCAGCAGAAGGUGUUCAGAAUCGGAACAGUAAUGUCGACAGUGUUAAUAGUGCUCCAGCCGAAAUAAAACUAGGCGUAGAGUCUACACCACAGCCUAAAGAUACGCCAUCGUUAGGCGAUAUAAAGGUACCAUUCUGUGAUAGAUGUCAUGGCCUUAUAAAUCAUGGCAUUGCGUCUCCCAUUCCUUAUCCGCCAAUAUCAUACAUCGAAGACAUCCUCGUCGAAUCACCUUACAGGCACAAUCAUGUGUAUCACAUUAUAGACGCUGCGGACUUCCCUAUGUCCCUAAUCCCUAAUAUCAGCCGAAUACUAGACCUGGCAAAACCGCGAACGCAAAACCGAAGAGCGAAAACUAUACAGUAUGGCGGUGGAGGCAGGAAACCCGUUCUCAGCUUUAUCAUCACUCGGUCUGAUCUCCUCGGUUCGCGAAAGGAAUUUGUGGACCACCUAAUGACCUAUGUCCUAAACGUAAUGCGUGAGGCAUUAGGUUCGAAAGGCGAGAAAGUACGUUUGGGUAACGUGCACAUGGUUAGUGCGCAUAGGGGUUGGUGGACGAAGGAGAUCAAGGAUAAAAUUUGGGAGGAAGGUGGGGGUGUUUGGAUGGUUGGUAAAACGAACGUGGGCAAAAGCAGUUUACUCCAAGCUGUUUUUCCAAAAUCCCCUAGAGCGCUACCUCCUUAUAAGUUACGUGGCAGCGGGAGAUUCGAGGAGAGCUUGCAGGCCAAUGACCGGAUUUCAAAUUCUACCGAUGCCACCCUGGAUUAUAGAGACCUGCCACUCCCAGGAGAACUUAAAGAUCCUGACCCAAAUCAGAAUGGUGAGACCAACGGAGAAGUCGAUGCCCUCCUCCCUCCUGCCCAACAAGUGGCGCAAUAUCCCAUUUUUCCCAUUGUGUCCUCCCUCCCAGGAACAACCGCAUCCCCUAUCCGCAUCCCCUUUGGCAGAAAAAGGGGGGAAGUAAUAGACCUUCCCGGCCUCGCCCGCGCCGGCCUAGAAGAAUUUGUGAAAGAUGAUCACAAAUCAGACUUAAUCAUGAAGAAACGCUUAAAACCCGAGCGGCUGACACUAAAACCCAAACAAUCCCUCGUCCUUGGUGGGGGGCUCAUCCGUAUCACACCAGUUGACGCAGACAACUUCGUCGUUCUCGCCGCCCCAUUCGUCCCAAUACAGCCACACGUAACGUCGACGGAGAAAGCUAUACUCAUGCAGGCAGAGCAGCGCAAGGUGCCCAAUGUGCCUACCAUUGCCAGGGAAGGUUUCGCUGAAUCGAUAAAAUCCGCUGGCAUAUUUGAGAUUGACGGAGAUGUAACCAAGACGUACGGCAAACCGACUUCGUUGCCGUUGGAUAGGAAACAGAAGAAGAUGAUGAGCACACUGCCGUAUCAGGUUCUGUCCACGGAUAUUUUGAUUGAGGGUUGCGGGUGGGUGGAACUCGUUGUGCAGGUGCGCGCGAAGGAUUUGGAGGCGGGGCUUACGCCUAAGGUCGAGGUGUUUAGCCCUGCGGGGAAAUUUGUUGCGAGGAGGAGGCCGAUGUGCGCAUAUUCACUUUUGCUUGAGAAGCAACAGAGCGUUGCGAGAAAGCGAGUGAAGAGGCCGAUGAGCAGUGUGAGGAGACGCAAAGGAGGAGGCUAG